CCACCGGGGCGCGUCGGCGGCCGGCAAACGCGGAGAGACACGUGUAAGGUGCACGGUGUUGAUCAGUACAACACGGGAACGGGCCACCAUUUACGGCGUCCUAAUCUCUAUCUCUCCCUCUGUUCCGUUGCAGCGUGUUGUAAACCUUCUGUUGCAAAUUACGCCUAUGGCGAAGGAAUCCACCAAGCCAGGCAUGAUAAAAACAAACGGAUCUUCAGCGCACCAAACAAUAAUAAUCUCCUUCUCCUGCCGGUACUGGUUUUAAUGGAUGGAGGCAAGCGAUUUAUAGAUUACUAAAAUGUUCUCUGCCGACGCCACCGCUUAAUUUUACGAUGUUCUUAAAUCAAGUGCACGGAUUUUAGGGCUUUGAUCGGUGAAUACUGUGACAGCUUCUUUUUCAGGGGAUUAGUUUUGUUCUUUGUUGAAUCUGAACGGAUGCGUGUUGUUGCUGGUGAAGGCCAAUCAAUCAAUUGCCUGCUGUAUCAGGGAUUCUAAUGGAGAAACGUUUAUUCUUAUUCUGAGGGAAGCACCACAGAUUAAUCCUAAUCUGAGGGACUUUGGCUGAGAAACAAGCAUAUACAUUGGCUUGGAAUUAAUUUUUUUUUAAUUCUGUCCUAGAUUACUACAUUGGGCACCAUCAUGGAUGAUCCUCCUAGCAGAAGAAGUGUAACACCAGUUGCAGUUGGUAGGCAUGGUUCUCAUUUGACUUCUGGAGAGCUGAAUCAGGAAGCAAGAACUGCUCGUUAUUCUACUAGAUUUGGAGGUAGUAUCAGGGUACCUGCUAUCAAAUCCAAUGGCAUUGAAGAUAAGGAACAGGGACAGUCUUCCAAAACUGAUGCACGGCCUUCAAGCAGUAAACCAUUAUCCCAGAAGUCAGAUCUACCAGUUCCUAAACUGGGUUCCUCUAGUACAGCUAAACUAAGGAAGGCAUACAAGGUUUCUUCAAAUUCUAGUGGUUCAGGGCAGUCAAAUUCAAUAGGCAAUAUGCCUAUUGGGUUAGGUCAGCUAAGGCAUGUCGGGCAAAUAUUCCAGAUGGGAGGAGCAGGCAACAGCAGUAGGCUUGGUCUAGCAGAGAUAUCCAAUUUGACAUCCUCUGAAGGGUCAAAUUCUGAGUUUGAAUUUCGUCAGGAUUCACAGGCCUUUCCUACAAUUAGAAGUCCUUUUGAUAGAAGUUCAAAUAUUGAAAGGAAAGAACCAAGGGUUAUUUCUAGCAGGUGCCUAAACAGACUGGGAAGUUGGAACGAAUCAGAGUCACGAAAUGUAAAUAGAAGGUUGUCAGAUUUAAUUUAUGAAGAUGAUCAGCAAGUGUGGAUUGGUAAAGUGGAAAAUGGGUCUACAGAGUUAGGAGUAGGUCCUACAAGUUCUUUAGCAUCAAGCUUUGUAAAUGAUGCACCCUGUCCAUCAAUUAUUUCUGAAACUGAUCAUGAAAAUACUUCAGAUGAUUCCUUUGCAACAGUAUCAUCAAUGGCUGGAGAUUUGUUUGAUGUUGAUGCUGGUAGUAGCAGUGAUUCUUUAUUACAUUAUAGCCCACUUACAAAUGAAAGAUCUCAAGAGCAGGGGAAUUUGAGAAGGGGAGUAGUGGGCCAGGUAAAUAGCACUCCUGUAAGUCUUGAUGAGGAAAUAAAUAUUUCUAGGCCUUCUGUGUCUAAGCGGAAGACUUCUUUUCUAAGAACUGCAAGCCAAGUUGCAGGCAAAAGUUCCUCCCAAGAAAGUUCUACCACAGUUUGUGGAUCUGGAUCAAAAGAGAAAUAUGUUGGGAUGCCCUCUGUGGGGGGUAGUAGGCGUAAUUUUGGUAAAUUUGGCUGCACAUCAGCAUCUGAUGCCAUCCCUUCAAAUGGUUCUUCAUCCAAUUCCCGUUUCUCAGAGCAUUCCGGCAACAGGAGGACUGAUUCAGGUAGAAGAGUCACUGAUGGCCGUGAUUCAGUAAGGAGUCAACAUAAGGGGAAGGUGCCGGUGGUGGGCAAUACAGUCAGUCCAGUUUCGCAGAGAACCAUUCGUAAUGGACUAGGAGUUGGCCCACAUCAUCAGGCAAGUUCAACACCUCGAACCUCUAGGAGAACAGUUCGUGCCCCACAACCUGAUGCAUGGGGUUCUCAUGAAAUUAUUGGAGGGGACACUGUUAUGGAGUCAAGGCUUUCAAGUGAAAGUGGUACUAGUAGUAUGCGUGCAUUAGAAUCAAAUGCAAUGCUUGGUAAUAGACAUAGGGCUCGUAGCCCUUCUUCAACAGGUGGACGAAGUGCCUUGGGUGCUUUGCAAAGGAGGCAUGAUGUCUCAAAUGGUUUGGCCUGCACUUUGGGGGAGAGGGUAGCAAACAGACUUAAUGUUACAACUAGGCGGGGCACAUCAAACAGUGUAGCAGGUGUGCAUUUGUCGGGACCAGGAGGAUCUUCAAGUAGGCCCAACAGUAUCUGUACAGAUUCAGGCAGUAGUUCUUACAGCCUUUUGAGAGAGGAUGAGGCUGGCAGUAAUUUGUCUAUUAUAUCUGGUCCUGCACCUUCAAGAGCACCUCCACUGCCACCAGUGGCACAGACUAUUCGACAACAGACAAUUUCAUGCCCCUCUACAGGUUUACCAUUCUCAGGGCCCACUCCUCUUCGUGUAGCCCCAUUAUUGCAUUCAUCUGGUUCAUCAUCUUUAGCAUCUUCAAGUUCUCCAAGCUUCUGUGAUGGCACAGCUUUUGUAAGAUCAGCAUCAGGCAGUGAUGCUCUUCUUGAAAGGUCCAUGGUUUCCCAUCCUGAAAUUAAUGGACGCAGGGCUUUCAGAGCUCUGUCCAUUGAAAGUGACAGGCGUACUCAGCAUACUAUGGAAGGAUUAGCAGAGGUACUGUUAGCAUUGGAACGGAUUGAACAAGAUGAAGAUUUAACAUACGAGCAAGUAUUGAUGCUGGAGGCAAAUUUGUUAUUUGGUGGGAUAAAUCUGCAUGAUCAACACAGUGACAUGCGGCUUGAUAUUGAUAACAUGUCAUAUGAGGAGCUUUUAGCACUGGAGGACCGAAUUGGCAGUGUUAGUACAGGACUUACCGAGGAAACUAUUUCAAGAUGUAUGAAGAGAGUUAUAUUUUCUUCAGAUGCAGCAGUUGCUGACCUGAAUACCGUGGAAAGUGAAGUGAAAUGCAGUGUUUGUCAGGAAGAGUAUGAAGAAGGAGACGAGCUGGGUCGGCUAAGUUGUGAUCAUAGUUAUCAUUCUCCCUGUAUCAAGCAAUGGCUACUUCAGAAGAAUCUAUGCCCAAUUUGCAAAGCCCCAGCCUCCUCAUAAACGGAACAAACCGUUAAUACUGUUGGCUUGUGACAGAGGAGUAAAUUGUUGAUAUUAGUAAGUGACAAGUCCAAUAAAAAUGCAAUUUCAGUCAAUUUCUCCCACUAAUUGGGUAGAGACGAUUCAGAAAUUUGUUGUCCAUGUAGUUUACCCAUAUCUGGGUUUGUAAAAAAUCAUUGAAUCGCUUUACAUUGAUUUCUAUGAAAAAUUAAAAUAAAGUAUUGGAUGUUUGUUUUUU